UACGUGCGUCGUAAGUUACAUCGCGAAAAGUUUUCUCUUCGUUUCAUUACUGUACCAAAAUGUGAAGCAGUUAGACGACCUCGUCGUUUAUGAAACCAAAGUUUGCUCUGUGACUGACCUCUUGUACUUCGGAGAAGGCAAUGUUUGCAAACUGCUGCAAAGUGCUGCUCUGUGACUGACCUCUUGUACUUCGGAGAAGGAUGUCUGCAAACUGCUGCAAAGUUAGAAACAGUAAUUUGUUCCAGCAUAGAUGUUCGAAUUUCGAUAUUUUACAUUUGAUUCGCAAACAUGUUUGUAUCCUUGAAUGCCUAUUUUGAAGGCAAUUCAUCAACAAAUUCUUGAUAUUGGGAAGGUUCACAAUUAUUGGAUAGUAAGGCCCUGCAAAUAAUCACAAGUGCCAACAGUUUUCAAACUGGUCCGCAAGUUUUCUUAACUCUUAGCAAAAGCAGGUGCUGGGUUGUCGUCAAAGAUGCCGAUCCAGAAGUGAAGAAGACUAAAACAUUUGCCAUGAUUACAACUGUAACUGGUAAAGUUGACGAGAUCUUUGCACGUUUCUCAUCUUGGUACCCCUUAAAGAAGUUUGUGGAAUGGAUGCUGCGCUAUAGACGUGCAUUGCGUAAAGCCUGCGAGAAACGUUCUUCAAAUGGACACGAACAAAAGCAAACACGUAUCAAGCCACUAACGGUUGAAGAGUUGCGCGAAGCCGAACUGGAAAUCAUCAAGAUUGUCCAAGAACGAAGUUUUACUGACGAGAUUGCGGUGAUGCUACGGAAUUUAAAUUCAGCUACUAAUGCGAAUGUCAUGCCAAAAACAGUCAAAUGUUCCAGUCCACUCUACAAGCUUGAUCCAGUGUACGAUAAGCGCGUCCUCAGGGUUGGAGGACGAUUGAGAAAUUCCUUGGUUUCGGAAGGAGCGAAGCAUCCGUUGAUAUUACCCGGCAAUCAUCACGUCGUAACUUUGAUCGUUGAAUAUUAUCACGAUCUCUCUGGUCAUUCCGGUUUGGAACACGUUCUCGCGAUGCUAAGAGAGAGAUUUUGGAUAAUCAGAGCUCGAGUUCUGAUCAAGACCGUUAUUAAAAGGUGCUUCGAUUGCAAGAAGAGACAAGCACCUGUAGGAGAGCAAAUGAUGGCAGAUUUGCCAGUGGAUCGUGUCACGGCUGGGAAACUGCCAUUCACCAACGUUGGUAUUGAUUGCUUUGGCCCUUUCACGGUCAAGAGGGGCAGAAGCAAUGUAAAGAGAUACGGAGUCAUAUUUACCUGCCUGGCAAUACGGGCAGUGCAUAUCGAAGUCGCGAAUAGUUUGGACACGGAUUCGUUCCUGAACGCGUUGAGGAGAUUCGUGGCGAGGCGUGGCCAGCCAGAAGAAAUUAGAUCGGACAACGGCACGAAUUUUGUCGGUGGAAAUCAGGAGCUUCGAAGGGCGAUAAAUUAUUAUUAUUAUUAUUAUUGGUCUUUAUUAAUCAUUUGAUAAAAAUACAUAUCAAAUUUACAUAUUUAAAAGAUUGUAACACAGAAGCUACUUAAUACAUCAAUAUUAUUAAAACUAUUCUAUUCAUUAUCAACAUGCAAAUUAUACUUAAAAAUCAGUCUAUUAAAAAAGCUAUUCUUGAAGCGUUCUGUGUUACAUUUUGGCCACAGUGAGCUUUUGUUAUGCAGGCGCCUGGAUGAGUCUUUGACUAUAGGUAGCAUAUGCUUAAGCGGAUGAUUAUUGUUAUUUUUUAUCUUUCUCCAAAUGUUACGAUCACUUCUCUCUAAUAGUUU